GGAGUAACCCCAAUGCUUGUGCGUCGGCAUCGUCACAUCACCCCACUAUCUGCUGUUGUCGCGGUGUGACGUCAUCAUGAUGUGAUUUUUCAUCAUCACUGGGACCACAGAUGUGUUGCACGCCGAUUUAAUUCGCAAAUCUUUCGGUCCGCCAACUUUUCAGGAUUACUUGUCGGUUCGUCUCCGCCGUGUUUGCAGCCUGCUCGUGUCGUCCAGCCAUGGCACAGCAGGAUGGUGCUGCCAAGAAGAAUCCAACUGGUGCAGUGUUGCACUCUCACUUUAUUGUGGGUUUAGUAUCGGAGGAGAACUCGGAAGAUGAAAUCCAAGUGAAGUUAGGCGUGCAGCUGGAGGAGAAAGAUUUGCGCUCCAUGUCGCCAUCAUCCAGUAGCUCUGACAGCAUGUAUGAAAUGGGCUUUGACAACAUCGACGGCUCCUUACACAACUUAAGGCCAAGUAUGUCAGGGUUGCACCUGGUGAAGCAGGGCAGAGAUCGUCGGCGUGUUGAUUUGCACAGGGACUUCACUGUGGCUUCUCCUGCUGAAUUUGUGACUCGCUUUGGGGGUAACAAGGUUAUUGAGAAGGUCCUCAUUGCUAACAAUGGCAUUGCAGCAGUCAAAUGUAUGCGCUCCAUCCGUCGCUGGGCUUAUGAAAUGUUCCGCAAUGAAAGAGCAAUCCGAUUUGUUGUGAUGGUUACCCCAGAGGAUCUGAAGGCCAAUGCAGAGUACAUCAAAAUGGCAGAUCAUUACGUGCCUGUGCCAGGAGGGACCAAUAACAACAACUAUGCCAAUGUAGAACUCAUUCUGGACAUUGCUAAACGCAUACCUGUUCAGGCAGUGUGGGCUGGUUGGGGUCAUGCAUCAGAGAACCCCAAACUUCCCGAGCUGCUUCACAAGAAUGGUAUUGCUUUCAUGGGUCCCCCUAGUAAGGCCAUGUGGGCUCUAGGAGAUAAAAUUGCCUCCUCUAUUGUGGCUCAGACAGCUGGCAUUCCAACUUUGCCCUGGAGUGGAGCAGGACUGACUGUAGAAUGGACAGAAAACAAUCAAAAGAAGAGAAUCAUCAGUGUUCCCUCUGAUUUGUACGAGCUUGGCUGCAUCCAGGAUGUAGAAGAUGGUUUGAAAGCUGCAGAUAAGAUCGGCUACCCUGUGAUGGUGAAAGCGUCCGAAGGAGGUGGUGGAAAAGGCAUCCGCAAGGUUAACUGUGCUGAUGAUUUUCCAAACCUCUUCAGACAGGUCCAGGCAGAAGUUCCAGGAUCUCCCAUUUUUGUCAUGCAGCUUGCCAAACAUGCUCGCCAUUUGGAGGUCCAAAUCUUGGCUGAUCAAUAUGGCAAUGCUAUUUCCCUGUUUGGCAGAGACUGUUCAGUGCAACGACGACAUCAAAAAAUUAUAGAGGAGGCUCCUGCUACCAUCGCCACAUCAGACGUGUUUGAAGAUAUGGAAAAGUGCGCAGUGAAGCUGGCUAAGAUGGUGGGAUAUGUCAGUGCCGGGACAGUGGAGUACCUCUACAGCCAGGACGGCAGCUUCUAUUUCCUAGAGCUCAACCCUCGUCUGCAGGUGGAACACCCCUGUACUGAGAUGGUUGCUGAUGUCAAUUUGCCUGCUGCUCAACUUCAGAUUGCUAUGGGUAUUCCUCUUCACCGAAUCAAAGACAUCAGGAUGUUUUAUAGUGUUCAAGCCUGGGGAGACAGUCCCAUUGACUUUGAGGGACUGUCCACGGCCCCCUCGCCACGAGGACAUGUCAUCGCAGCACGCAUCACAAGUGAAAAUCCAGAUGAGGGUUUCAAACCGAGCUCUGGAACCGUACAGGAGCUGAAUUUCCGCAGUAAUAAGAAUGUGUGGGGUUACUUUAGUGUGGCAGCUGCUGGAGGACUGCAUGAGUUUGCAGACUCCCAAUUUGGACACUGCUUCUCCUGGGGAGAAAAUCGUGAAGAAGCAAUCUCUAACAUGGUGGUGGCUUUGAAGGAGUUAUCUAUCAGAGGUGACUUCAGGACUACAGUGGAAUAUCUCAUUAAGCUGCUGGAGACUGAAAGCUUUCAACGCAAUAGCAUCGACACAGGCUGGCUAGACAGACUCAUUUCAGAAAAGAUGCAGGCAGAGCGUCCAGACACCAUGCUAGGAAUUGUGAGCGGUGCUCUUCAUGUGGCAGAUGUCAAUCUCAGGAAUAGUGUGUCCAACUUUCUUCAUUCCUUGGAAAGGGGCCAGGUUCUGCCAGCACAUACUUUACUCAACACUGUGGAUGUGGAGCUGAUCUAUGAGGGGACAAAGUAUGUUCUUACUGUGACGCGUCAGUCUCCCAACUCCUAUGUGGUCAUCAUGAACAACUCCUUAGCUGAAGUUGACGUCCAUCGGCUCAGUGAUGGAGGCCUUCUGCUGUCAUAUGAUGGAAGCAGCUAUACCACCUACAUGAAGGAAGAGGUAGACAGGUAUCGCAUUACAAUCGGGAACAAGACUUGCGUCUUUGAAAAGGAAAAUGAUCCCUCGCUCCUACGUUCUCCUUCAGCGGGAAAACUCAUUCAGUACACGGUAGAGGAUGGAGGGCAUGUGUUCGCCGGCCAAUGCUAUGCUGAGAUUGAGGUGAUGAAGAUGGUAAUGACCCUGACAGCUGUGGAGUCUGGUUGCAUUCAUUAUGUGAAGAGGGCUGGAGCUGCACUGGAGCCUGGCUGUGUUAUUGCAAAGCUGCAACUGGAUGACCCAAGUAGAGUGCAACAGGCCGACCUGUACACGGGGGCACUGCCUUCUAUCCAGGCUGUAACUUUGAGAGGGGAAAAGCUGCACAGAGUCUUCCACAACACGCUGGAUCAUCUUGUUCACAUCAUGAAUGGGUACUGUCUUCCUGAACCUUUCUUUGGUGCAAAGCUGAAAGAGUGGGUGGAACGGCUGAUGAAAACUAUGCGCGAUCCCUCUUUGCCACUUUUGGAGCUGCAGGACAUAAUGACCAGUGUUUCAGGUCGCAUCCCCCCUGCUGUUGAGAAGGCCAUUAAGAAGGAGAUGGCUCAGUAUGCCAGCAACAUCACCUCUGUGCUCUGCCAGUUCCCCAGCCAGCAGAUUGCAAACAUCCUGGACAGCCAUGCUGCUACUCUUCACAAGAAGUCAGAGAGAGAAGUCUUCUUUAUGAACACACAAAGUAUCGUUCAGCUGGUGCAGAAGUAUCGCAGUGGCAUCCGGGGUCACAUGAAAGCUGUGGUGAUGGACUUGCUUCGACAAUACUUGAAAGUAGAGGUCCAUUUCCAAAAUGGACACUAUGACAAGUGUGUGUUUGCAUUGCGUGAAGAAAACAAAGUUGACAUGGCCAAUGUGCUGAACUACAUCUUCUCCCAUGCCCAAGUAACCAAGAAAAACAUGAUGGUUACUAUGCUGAUUGACCAGCUGUGUGGUCGUGAUCCCACACUCACCGAUGAGUUGAUGGCCAUCUUGACUGAGCUCACCCAGCUCAGUAAGACCACUAAUGCCAAAGUGGCGCUGCGCGCCCGACAGGUAUUGAUAGCUUCCCACCUUCCGUCUUAUGAGCUUCGACACAACCAGGUGGAAUCCAUCUUUCUCUCUGCCAUCGAUAUGUACGGACACCAGUUUUGCAUUGAGAACCUUCAGAAACUCAUCCUUUCAGAGACAUCCAUAUUUGAUGUUCUGCCCAACUUCUUCUACCACAGUAAUCAGGUAGUCAGGAUGGCUGCCCUAGAGGUUUACGUUCGCAGAGCAUAUAUUGCCUAUGAGCUCAACAGUGUUCAGCAUCGGCAGUUGAAAGACAACACAUGUAUAGUGGAGUUCCAGUUCAUGCUUCCCACCUCACAUCCUAACAGAGGGAACAUCCCCACUCUAAACAGGAUGUCCUUUUCAUCAAACCUAAACCACUAUGGCAUGGUGCAUGUGGCCAGUGUGAGUGACGUUUUACUUGACACUUCUUUUACGCCACCUUGUCAGCGCAUGGGAGCCAUGGUCUCAUUCCGCUCCUUUCAGGAAUUUACCAGGAACAUUAAAGAUGUGUUGAGUUGCUUUUCCGACUCUCCUCCUUCAAGUCCAACCUUCCCAGAGGGAGGUAAUCCUGUACUGUAUGAUGAAGAGGACAACAAGAGUGCAAGUGAUGAACCAAUCCACAUUCUCAAUGUGGCUAUUAAGACUGACAGUGACAUUGAUGAUGACAGUUUGGCAGCCAUGUUCCGGGAGUUCACACAAUCAAAGAAAUCUCUUCUGUUUGACCAUGGCAUCCGUAGGCUGACUUUCCUUGUUGCCCAGAAGGACUUCAGGAAGCAAGUCAACUGUGAGGUGGAUCAGAGGUUUCAUAGAGAGUUUCCCAAGUUUUUCACAUUCCGUGCCCGUGACAAGUUUGAAGAGGACAGGAUCUAUCGUCAUUUGGAGCCGGCAUUGGCCUUCCAGUUGGAGCUCAACCGCAUGCGCAAUUUUGCGCUGACCGCCAUUCCAUGUGCUAACCACAAAAUGCACCUGUACCUGGGUGCCGCCCGUGUGGAGGUGGGCACCGAAGUGACUGACUACCGUUUCUUUGUGCGAGCCAUCAUUCGUCACUCGGAUCUCGUCACAAAGGAGGCAUCAUUUGAGUACCUUCACAAUGAAGCAGAGCGUUUGCUUCUGGAAGCCAUGGAUGAGCUGGAGGUGGCCUUCAAUAACACAACUGUAAGGACAGACUGUAAUCACAUCUUCCUCAAUUUUGUCCCAACAGUGAUCAUGGAUCCAUCAAAGAUUGAGGAGUCUGUGCGCUCCAUGGUGAUGCGUUACGGAAGCCGUCUAUGGAAACUGCGGGUGCUGCAGGCUGAGCUGAAAAUUAACAUCCGCCUGACUCCAACAGGAAAGCAGAUCCCAAUCCGUCUUUUCCUUACAAAUGAGUCAGGCUACUAUCUGGACAUCAGCCUGUACAAGGAGGUCACCGAUUCCCGAACGGGACAGGUGGGGCCCCAAGACAGACAGAUCAUGUUCCAAGCUUAUGGUGACAAGCAGGGUCCCUUACAUGGCAUGCUCAUCAACACCCCUUAUGUCACCAAGGACCUGCUGCAGUCUAAACGCUUCCAGGCACAAUCUUUGGGCACCACUUAUGUCUAUGAUUUCCCAGAAAUGUUCAGACAGGCUCUGAAGAAGCUGUGGCACUCUAUGAGCUCCUACGCUCACUUGCCCAAAUGUCCUCUUCCUUCUGAGCUGCUCACCUUCACAGAGUUGGUUCUUGACCCCCAAGGUCAGCUGGUGCAGAUGAACAGACUUCCAGGUGGCAACGAGAUUGGAAUUGUGGCUUGGCGGAUGACUCUGCAUACUCCAGAAUAUCCAGCUGGUCGAGAGAUCAUUGUAAUAAGCAAUGACAUCACACAUAAGAUAGGCUCAUUUGGACCCCAGGAGGAUAUGCUGUUCCUGAGAGCUUCAGAAAUGGCACGAGAGAGUGGCAUUCCUCGAGUCUACAUUGCAGCCAACAGCGGUGCCCGCAUUGGUCUAGCAGAGGAAAUCAGACACAUGUUCCAUGUGGCAUGGCAAGAUCCCAGUGACCCAUAUAAGGGAUUCAAGUAUCUUUACCUUACACCUCAGGAUUACAAGAAGGUUUCAGCCCUUAACUCUGUACAUUGUGAACAUGUUGAGGAUGAAGGACAAUCAAGAUACAAGAUCACUGACAUCAUAGGGAAGGAAGAAGGGCUAGGUGUCGAAAAUCUCAGAGGCUCUGGAAUGAUUGCAGGAGAGUCAUCACUGGCUUAUGAAGAGAUCAUCACCAUGAACUUGGUCACCUGCCGAGCCAUAGGCAUUGGGGCUUACUUAGUGAGGCUUGGACAGAGAACUAUUCAAGUGGACAACUCUCACAUCAUCCUUACUGGAGCUGGAGCACUCAAUAAGGUACUGGGCAGAGAAGUGUACACAUCAAACAACCAACUUGGUGGAAUUCAGAUAAUGCACAACAAUGGUGUUACUCACUGUACUGUUUGUGAUGACUUUGAGGGAGUCUUCACGCUUCUCCAGUGGCUAUCCUACAUGCCCAAGUGUAAGACAAGCCCGGUGCCCAUUCUUGAUGCUAAAGACUCCAUAGAUCGACUUGUCGAGUUUGUGCCUACGAAGACUCCUUAUGAUCCUCGCUGGAUGUUAGCUGGACGCCCCAGCCAGACUCCAAAGGGUUCCUGGCAGAGCGGUUUCUUUGAUCAUGGCUCUUUCAUGGAAAUCAUGCAGCCAUGGGCCCAGAGUGUGGUGGUUGGCCGAGCCAGGCUGGGUGGGAUACCCACUGGAGUAGUUGCUGUGGAAACCAGAUCAGUAGAGCUGUCAAUCCCAGCUGAUCCAGCCAAUUUGGACUCAGAGGCUAAAAUCAUCCAACAGGCAGGACAGGUGUGGUUCCCAGACUCUGCUUUCAAAACAGCCCAGGCCAUUAAAGAUCUGAACCGAGAGGGUCUGCCUCUCAUUGUGUUUGCUAAUUGGAGGGGCUUUUCUGGAGGAAUGAAAGAUAUGUACGACCAGGUGUUGAAGUUCGGGGCCUACAUUGUGGAUGGACUGAGAGAGUACAAGCAGCCGGUACUCGUUUAUAUCCCUCCCCAGGCUGAGCUUAGAGGAGGUUCAUGGGUGGUCAUAGAUCCCACCAUCAACCCUCGUCACAUGGAGAUGUACGCUGAUAAGGACAGUCGUGGUGGGGUGUUGGAGCCAGAAGGAACAGUCGAGAUAAAGUUCAGGAAGAAGGACCUAGUGAAGACUAUGAGAAGAGUAGACCCAGUCUAUAUGGGCUUGGCUGAAAGAUUAGGAACCCCGGAGCUGAGUCCCCCUGAUCGUAAAGAGUUGGAAACCAAGCUGAAGGAGUGCGAAGAGUUUCUCCUGCCCAUCUACCACCAGGUGGCCGUGCAGUUUGCAGACCUACACGACACCCCAGGACGCAUGCAGGAGAAGGGCGUGAUCACGGACAUUUUGGAAUGGCAGACAUCUCGUCAGUUCUUUUACUGGCGUCUGCGUCGUCUGUUGCUGGAAGACACAGUCAAAAGGAAAAUCCAAGAGGCAAACGGCGAGCUGACAGACGGCCAAAUCCAGGCCAUGCUGCGCCGCUGGUUUGUGGAGGCUGAGGGGGCUGUGAAGGCAUAUCUGUGGGACAAUAACGAAGAGGUGGUGGGAUGGUUGGAGAGGCAGCUAGCUGAAGAAGACGGAGCGAGAUCUGUCAUUGACGAGAACAUCAAGUACAUCCGAAGAGAUCACAUCCUCAAGCAGAUUCGCAGCCUCGUUCAAGCCAAUCCAGAGGUCGCCAUGGAUUCUAUAGUCCACAUGACCCAACACAUCUCACCCACACAGAGAGCGGAGGUGGUCCGUAUCCUGUCCACCAUGGAGACGCCAGCCUCCUCCUAGUGGGAGAUUCGUCUUGUGCACUGUGUCGAUCAGUCACAGCUCAAGUCACUGCUACAGCCUAAAGGGCGGUGGCACGGUUACACCGGCUCCAAACUGAGACCCGGGCUGGAAACUGAGGCCAGAGGAGCCAACGUGAUGGCAGCUGCCAGGUUACUAAUGAAAGGUUGGCAAUGAUUCUCACUCGGGAAGAGUUCAGAGUUUUUAAAUGUUUUGUGUUUGUGUGUUAACGUUAAAAUCAUUUCUAUUUAUAGUUCAAAUGGGGGAGGGGGAAAAAGUAAGAAAUAUCUGGUACGUGUAUAGUUGUGUAUUUGAGGUUUACGUCUCCACAACAAUCCGAGGACUCCAUGCUUUUGAAGAGUGUACUCACAACACUGAGGAAUGUCAGACAGAAGCGCACCUUGGUUUUUGACAUAUGCUUGUUAAAGAUUUGCAAGUGUUUUGAUGACCAACCCUUUGACAACUCACAGCUGUGAGCUGUUCACUCCUGAGCACGGGGCACUUAGUUACUGAACAAAGACAGGGAACACUACAGUGGGGGGGGGAGCAGGGGCGAGGUCUGUUUUAGACCCCGACAGGUUUCCCAGUCGCCCUGCAGUGAACAACGGGCAGCUAGCCACAUAACAAAAACCACAGCUGUUCCUUCUGCUCUCACUCCCACUGCACACACGGGCUGCUUGACAUGCACUUUACCUCUUUCCCUUCCCUCACAGCUACCAUCAGACACGCACACUUCUUAUUGUUGAAUCUGCUGUACAGACGUGCACAUAUAUGACCACGUCCACAAAACGAAAGAGUCAGAGAGGUGAGGAUACUUUAAUCGGCUGCAUGCUCAUUUAGAAUGUUUGUCUUUUUUCUACUCUGCAUGACUAUUUUGAGGAUGACUGUGUUGCUUCCAAAAUCUAGUCUCUGAAAAUUGCGGUCCCCUCCCCCACCAUCAAAUUUACACUGCUUAUAAAUAUCAGUGGAAUUAAUUGUUACAUGUCAAAUAUGUGAAUGUUUUAACUGCAAUGAAAAUUACCUGUUAUAUUUAAGGUUUGUAUUUUAUGUACAUGAAAUGUUACUACUUUUUAAUAUAGAAAGUUUCCAAGAAAAUUGUUUAAUUUUUGUGCUACCUUCUCACUUGAGUUUGUUACAAAA